UGUUGACCACAUAGCGCGUGUUGAAACUCCUUAAAACCGAUCUGCGGGAGUAUAUUGUGCAGUACCUUCCUCCGUUCAACGGCAUCGACUCAAUACCAUGCCAUCAUAUGUUGUUGCCAACCAUUGUGUCAAUGCGGCUAUCACCCUGUAUUUCUAUGAGCGCGCCCUGACCAUCGGUCAGGAGAUUGAUUUGAUUUGGAGGCGUGGAUCCAGGAAUCUAUUCAUGUUCGCUCUCUACAACGGUAUGCACGUUUGCACGAUCGUCUAUCUCCUACUGGAGAUCGCCCGUUGGGUUCUGAGAAGUGGAUACAUCGCAUCACUCGCGCAAACUGCCAUUCUCUGUGCCCUCUAUCUCAUUUGGGGAGCUAUAUCGGCACUGCGUGUGUAUGCGAUCAAUGGCCGGAAAAAGUGGACGCCGUUGGCCACGAUGGCCUUUUCACUUGUGCCUAUAGCAACCAACGUCUUUUCAUUAGUCGAUGCAACCCAGAUGAAUCCCCAGUACGUUUGCUGUUGCGGUCAAGCGGCACUCAGCGUCGAGGCUGCCACCCGUGUCGGUGUCAUGGCUGCGGACUCGCUCGUCCUAUUGGAAACGUGGCGCAAUACAUAUAGCCUCAAUCGACUAGUGCGCGGCCUCACCACGACGCCCUCUAUCACGUCGCUUCUUCUCAGAGAUGGUACCACGUACUUUUGCGUGCUGCUUGCAGUCAACAUCAUCGCCACAGUGCUGUGCGUGAAGAACGUGAGCACUUCGCCAUUAUGAUGUUCUCCUUGAAUCUCCGAGAGGUCGUUUACCUACCUGAGCUCAGCUCAACUCC